AUGAAUCCCCUUUUUCCAGUUUCAUCAAAAAACACACUUUUCCCAUUAAGUACAGACGGGGAUGAUACAACACAUUCUAAUAUAAACUUGGACUGGUUGCAGAACAAGAGUUUUCCAAACUUACAGCUUGAUGUCCCGGAAUUACAAGGACCACAGGCAAAUGAGAGUGUGUCAAACCAAGACAUCCAAGAAUCCUCUGAAGAGAUGCCAGAAGAGGCAAACGCUAAAGAGCCAAAAAAGAGAAAGAAGAAAAAACAUAAACAUAAAAACAAAAAGAAAAAAAGUCACAAAGGGGAAGUUUCAAGAUCACCAAGUCCUCUUGCCAAAGUCAAGACAAAGGUUCCAGAGGCUCAAGGAAACAAGGUGUUCACUGAAGAGCUGCCUUAUCUUGAACCAGAGGAUGCUUUCAGGAUUGAUCGUAAAUCCAACAUUCAUAACUGGAAGUAUGAAUCUCUGUACAAAGGACAUAUUGCUACUUUUUCCCAGUCUUUCAGAGCAAGUUUAGGAGGAGAUUCCCAAUCUAGAGAUACAGAAAACAAAAAGAAACACAAAACAAAGAGGUAUUACAGCAGAGAAAACAGGAAGCUCUCUGAACAAGCUCCACUGUGUCAUCUUGUACCAUCCAAAGAUACUGAGAGUGUCCCUUCUGAUGUUAUACCUGUCCCUCCAGAGGAGGUCUCAGAGAGAACUCAUGGGAAUCUUAAUGAGGAUAUAAGAGAGAGACUGAUGGACACAAGCACCUCACAUUACAUAAAGGGGGAGGGGGUAGAACCAGUGGACAAUAAUGUCAGUUUAACUGAAAUGGAGGAGAGACUGAACAAAAGGACAGCCGAGUUUAAUCGUAGAACACGGGAGGAGCCUCACAACACUGACCUGUGGCUGGAAUUUGUAGAGUAUCAAGACUCCUUAUUAAGGCUGCCAGAAUCUGAGGGAUAUUUCAAAAUGUCUAAGUCUGUUGUCCUAGAAAAGAAGAUUGCUAUCUUGAAAAAAGCCAUGGAAGUGAAUCAGGGUAACAUUGUUUUAAAACUGAAGUAUUUGCAGUUGUGCCAGGAAAUGCUGGAACCAAAUGAAGUAAAUAAAGAAAUGGAAGACCUGCUAUUUCACAACCCAACAAACAUUACCCUGUGGAAGCAGUACCUGAUGUUCAAUCAAAGUAGGCUGUCUCAAUUUUCUGUGUCUAGAGUGUGCAAACUGUAUCAGAAGUGUAUCACUACACUUGUUAAAUACCAGGAGGGCAAAUUAAAGACACAUACUCUACCAGUAAACCUGUCAGAAGAAAUACUUGGUAUCUUUGUUCAGUUAUGUACAUUUUUGAAGCAAGCAGGACACAAGGAGAAAGCCAUAGCCUCAUUCCAGGCUCUGGUUGAACUUAAUUUAUGUUGCCCAGAGCGCCUUAAAUCAGCUGACCUUAGUGAAAAAGCCAUUAUUCUGGAGAGCUUCUGGGACAUAGGGGUGCCACGAUUUGGGGAGGAGGGAGCUAAAGGCUGGAAUUACUGGAUGGAUAACAAAAACUUACUUCCAACUGAAAGUGAAAAUAAUGAGAAAGAUCCCUCAUUAGCUGAUGAAGAGGAGGCUAUUUUGCAGAGCAAAAAAGAAAAAUGGGAGACUUGGCUACAAUUAGAAUCCCUCAGAGAAUCAGCUCAUUGGUUGCCAUGGAAACCAGACCUGACUGCAGGGGAGACAAUGGAUGAUUGUGAGGAUGUAGAUAGACUUGUUCUCUUUGAGGAUAUUUCACCUUUUCUCUUCUGUUUGCCAGAGAAGUUGAAUUUUAAGCUUCUGAUUCAGUUUCUUAUUUUCCUUGGAUUUGAAAAUUGUCAACUUGGAGAAGAUGUCCAGGAUGAUGAGAGACUCUCUGUUAUAUUUAAUAUACUGGGAAUGAAAGACUUCCAAAAUCCAAGACCACUGUCAGAGCAGAGAUUUUUAUAUAGAUUUAUUGGCAAUAUUAUUCAACAAGGAUUGUCUAAGUUUAAUGGAGUACCUCAUAGAGAACUGACUGUUAUCUGGUUAAGAUAUCAAACAAGAAAUGAAAAUUGUGAAAAGGUUGAUUGUAAGAAAUUCAAGAAAAUGGCCAGAAAUGUGUUAAAGGAUCCUUUAAACAGAAAUAGUAAAGCAGUCUGGAUGGAGUAUAGCCUUUCACUCUCCAGUCUUGGAGGUAAAAAUGAAGCAGUAGAGGUGCUGGAGAUGGCUAUUCCAAUGUUGUGUGUGAACACAGAUGAUGGCAAGGAAUACAUUCCAGCAUUUUACAGAACUCUUGUGGAACUUUUUCUAAAUUUUCCAAUUAAUACUGAUUUGUUUCAGUUUACCAAGAAUACAGUCAGUAUAAGUCCAGAGUCAAUGAACAGAAGUGUUCAUGCACUGAUUUGUUUAUGUGAAAAUCAACAUAAUGACUUAAAAAAUCCCAACAGCACUUUUGCAGUGAAGAAACUAAAAAGCAGAAGAAAAAUGGAGGAGUUAAUAGAAAUGCUUUUACAGGACUACAAGAAGAACCCCCAAAGAAGCAAAGAGGAAUGGCUUUAUCUACUAGAAUUCACUAAAUGCUGUACAUUGUUUGAAUAUGUCAUCUCUGAUCUUAACCUAGACAGUGCCAUGUGUGUUUUAAAUAAAGUGCUAUCUUUAGUGUUCAGCUUAUCAAAUUCUCAAGUAGACAAUGACACCAAUGUGAACAAGAACUUUGAACACAGUCUUGAGCAGAUUUUCAGGUACAAGGUCAAGGUUAUUCAUCAUCACAUUUCUGUCCGCCAUUCCUCAUUAAGUCCACUUCGAGCUACAGUGGAGGCUGCGCUUGAAAUUUUCCCAGAUCAUGUGUACUUUCUGAAUGUGUUUACAGAGCUGGAGAGAGGCUGUAUGGUGUUUGGGAGACUAGAUAGAUUCUGUGGACAUCACCUUGGGAGAGUUAAGUCCCCUGACUUGACAGUUUUUGCAGUAGCUUCUUUGAUACAUAGGAAAAUUCAUAGGAUGGACCUUGUUAAUGAUGAUUCAGUUACAUCCAUUUCACAUGCUGGCAGUGGUGUGAUGAACAAGAUUAGGUGUUACCUGGAAAAAUCCCUGGAUCAUCCGGAUCUACAGCAUUGCUCAGUUCUCUGGAGUCUCUACUUAUAUUGUGAGGCAAGAUAUGGUCAAAGUGACAGAGCCAGUGGCUUGUUUUAUAGGUCUCUACAGCAGUGCCCUUGGGUCAAGGGUCUUUACUUGGAUGGUGUAAGAAUUUUCCAAAACUCUAAACUAGAGGAAAUUACAGAUUUGAUGUUGGAGAAAGAAAUUCGUCUACAGAUCCCACUAGAAGAAAUUGACAUUUUACAGAGCUGAAUUUUGAGAUUGCACAUGAAUUGAGACAAAAUGUUACAGACUCUUGUAUUGAUUUUAUCACUAGUAUUCAUUGAAUGCAAAGAUUUGUAUUUUGUAUGAAUUAUAUUACACUCGUUAUAAAAACUUGUUAUAUAAAUAA